AAACCAUGGCCGCCACCAAAGAAACUCCGGAAGAAAUAACUCCAGAAAUCCGCGAAGAAAUCGCCCAAUUUGUGAAGCGCGUGGGUGUCGGUCAGAAGAUGAAAGCAGAGCAUAACGUGAAGGAUUCGUUCUCGAAUCUUGUAGGUGGAGUUCUUAAACUGAUCUCCAUUAAAAGGGGCCGAAUCUCUUGCCUUCUUCAUGUUAAACCUCCAAUUCUGAACGGUUACGGCGGAAUGCAUGGAGGUGCAGUCGGAGCUGUAGCUGAGAGAGUUGCAAUCGCGUGUGCUAGAACAGUUGUCGGAAAAGACAAAGAUCUCUUCCUUGGAGAACUCAGCCUCUCUUAUCUCUCUGCUGCUCCACAUAAGGCAGAAGUAAUUGUUGAUGGAUCUGUGGUAAGGAGUGGGAGAAAUUUGACAGUAGUUGCAGUAAAUUUCCGACUUAAGAAAUCGGGACAGCUGGCGUUCUUGACUCGCGCCACGUUCUACAACAUGCCUGUUUCGAGUUUGUGAGAAAUAAUAUAUCUCAAGAUAAUGAAUAGUUUCUAUAUAUAUAUUUGGAUAUUCUUGAAAAAAAAAAUAUGGAGCUGAAUUAUAUGU